CACAGCGUUGCCUUGAUGACGAUGUCUCUCGAUUGAGAUCGAUAAGAUUGUGGAACCCGCGAGACGAAACGAUACAAAAUCUUAUGUUCAAACAAAUGACCACUACAAGCUGUUGGUUAGUUGGGCGAGUUUUAUCUGUCAUCCGAAAUAAAAGUUUGUCAAGCGAAAAAAAAACAUAAUCACUUGGAUACUUGUGGUUAAUUUGUAAUAACUUCUUAGUUUCGUAUCGACAGCAGGUGCCCGGAAACAACGAUAUACAAUCCAUGCUGUACUAAUCAGUAAUCUCAAGACAAAACCAAGAUGGACGAGAUGAGCAACCUGACUUUGGAUAUGGACCAGUUUAAUUAUACAGAUUUUAUGGAGAGACCCGCCGUUUGGGGAUUUUUCUUGAAUCAAAUCUUCACACCAAUUUUCACCGUAAUUGGUAUUGUAGGGAACUGCCUGUCGUUUAUAGUGAUGAAGUCCAAGACGUUACGGAACAAAUCUUACAGUCAUUAUCUCUGUGCUCUGGCGGUUUUUGAUAGCCUCGUUUUGAUUGGCCGAGAGGUGAUGGUGACGAAUGAACUAUUAAUGUAUUAUGGAAAACCAGGUGUAUUUGUGAACUUUUCAGCAACUGCGUGUAAAAUAUUCAAUUUUGCCGAAUGUGUUUGUUAUUUGAUGUCUUCGUGGAUUAUUGUUUGUAUGGCACAAGAACGAUUAUUGGUGGUGUACAUGCCCUUUAAGAAACACGCUUUCACCACCCAGCGGGGCGCCAUUUUGAUUAUUCUGUCUCUGUUUAUCGUGAUGUCCUACACCCAGGUGUUUCGUCUAGUAAUGGUCACCAAUAAUAACUCACAAUGUGAAAGUAUUCCCGAGCUGUAUACCAUAUACACGGCCCUUCACGUCUAUUUUUAUCAGUUUUGUUUAAUAUUCACACUACCGGUAAUAAUCGUCUUUGUGUGUAACAUCAUGGUUCUGUGUAAAAUUCACCACGUUAGGAAGGCCAUGCAGGACGAGAACUCCUUUUCAACUCGCCUUACCAGAAAAUCCAACACUCGCCACAAAACCACCAUCAUGCUUCUGGCUAUUUCCUUUACCUAUAUAUUUACACUAUUACCGUUAGUGUUUCUAUCGUUUGUGCUGAUCAUCGCUUAUAAAGUUUACGGCGCAGCCGCGGCCAGUCUGGUCAUACGGGCUACACCUUGGAAAGAUCUGCUUGUUGUCGUAUCUCAGAUUAAUUAUGGUAUAAAUUUCUUUAUUUACGUUUUGUCUGGCAAGAAAUUCCGGGUGGAAUUACGACGGGUGUUUAAUAAAGAAAGAGCCAGCACAUUUAACAGUUCUAAAACACGAGAUGAGUUUAUGCUAUUAUAGACUUCUGAUUACAGUGUAGCACGUCAAAGUUUACAAACCUCUGCAAUAUCAACGGACACAGAUGCGUACAUAAAAGAGAAGUGUGGGCCCAUACAUCUUAAAUAUCGUCUAAACAUUCGCUACAACAAAGAACUAAAAACGAAAGUAGACGGGAACAUGAUUUUAAACCAUAAGUUACGUACAUAAAACUGAAGUGUGAAUUCAUACAUCUUAAAUAUCGUCUAAACAUUCGCUACAACACAGACCAAAAAAAUCGAAAGUAGAAAGGAACAGGAUUGUUAAUUAGAUAUUGAAAUAUUUUAAACUGGACGUUGCUGGUGUUUUUCAGACGAAAUAAUAUGCGUGUUAUGUCAUGACUAUAUCACGGUAACUGACAAAGAUGGUAAUGUUGCCGGGGUGGUUGAAUGGCCUAAUAGUUAGCACGUGCGCACUGUAUCAUAAGAUCUGUCAUUGAGUCAACUGGCAUGGUUUCGAUUCCCCGGUUGUACGUGACAAGGAGUAGGGUGGCCUGUCGUACUUUGUGGGUUUUCUCCGGGUCCUCCGGUUUACACUCACUUCUAAAGACCCUACCCGAAAGACCCUACCCGCAAUUAUUGAAAUGAAAAUUGAACCAUGUGUUAGGCCCGAAAUGACCUAGUCUGUGUCGAGUGGACGUUAAACUCCAUUCCCCCCUCUCUCUCUCUCUCCCUCUCCCUCUCUCUCUGGUAAUGUUGCCUGCGAUGUCACUACUGUUGAAGCCGACGUUAAAAGACCAAUUGUGUCCAGGUAACAAUAGUGCUACGCAUCAUCAGUAUACAGCCUUCACGUAAAGAAAGUUAUUCAAAUCAAUAACAACGCCUAUUAUCCAAGAACAAAGACCUGGAGUGACGUCAUCAGUUAGGAUAUGAAUGGCACAAAAAGAAAGACUCUGUAAUUAAGUACUCAGAAAUACCCAGAAUUAAUUAGUGGCUGGCAUCAUGUCAGAGAACCCGCCUGUGACGACAUGAAGGGUAUCGCUGUAUUCUGAUAGGCUCACGCAUGCUUUGCUUUGAGUGUAUACAUAUUUCAAGACACAAUAUAUUAAACAAUUAUUUCUCUUAUUUAAAUAAAAGACACGAAUUAGAAGUUGAAAGCGGAUGAUAAAAAGUGAAGAAGCUUUAAUAUAAUAUGUGUUUGUAUUUUUAAAAAACACAAAGCACAAGAAAAGAAUAACAUAUUAUUAUGAAAGGUAAUCGGGCAAGCGAGCCUACGCAAAUUCUCUUAGCCAAUUUAACACAUACAUGUUAAAUGCAAGAUUUAUUGCAGAUAAGUAAGAAAGAAAGUUGUCCUAUAUUCUCUCCCAAUUAACUUUGUUCUGCAUAGCGAUUAGUUCUGUUGGAUUUUGUUUUACAUUUUGUGUUUGUUUGAUGGUCAUUAAAUAUUAUUUUUAAUAAAGAUAACUGCUU